CUCCAAAUUCUAAUCCCAGCGCCGAGUCAGGAGCCGGAUUACGAAAAAUCCUUCCGUUUAGUCAUUCUGGACGCCAAAAACCGACUCGACGUUCGUGUGCGUCGUGCUGUCCAACCGCCCAUCGAAAUGCAACAGCGCCGAAUGUACAAUGCUUCUUCGGAAAGUACGCCUGACAUCUGCCUUGUUUCUUGUUCUUCCACCCUCUCGCUGCCUUCCCUCUCCUCCCCUGGCUUUCCCCCUCUUUCGCUCUCCUACAUCUCAUUUCUCUAUCUGCCUCCAUCCGUCCUCCUCCUCCUCCUCCUGUUCCUCCUUUCAGUCCUCUCUCUGAACCCAAACCCCUUCGGUCGUAUGCUUCCCCUACGAAAAUCCCGUAAUCGGCACGCAUACGUACGGGCAUAUCAGAGUUUGCAUGUGGUCGCCUGA